CGACUGCACGGGCGCGCGCAGAAGGCCGCUGAGAGCGGGAAGGGUGGAGCUGGAUGCUAGCGAGCGGGGUCCGCCUCAGUCCCGAGCCUGGCCGUGCUGUGGAAGCGGCGGCAGGUUCGAUUCCCGGUGGUGGGGCCGUCGCUGCUUCCGUCGCCGGUUUUAGUACCAACAGCGGCAGCGGCGGCGGCAGCAGUAGCAGCAGCAACAACAACAGUGAGACCAUCGCCUCGCUGCCGGGAAAGAUGAGCCUUUCUCCGAAGGAGCUGACGAGCCUGCUGAGCAUCGUGUCUGAGGAGGCCGGAGGCAGCACCUUCGAGGGCCUCUCCACCGCCUUCCACCACUACUUCGGAAAGGCCGAGCAUUUCCGCGUAGGCUCUGUCUUGGUGUUGCUGCUGCAGCAGCCGGAUCUGCUGCCCACGCCGCCGCAGCGCCUGACUGCCCUCUACCUACUCUGGGAGAUGUACCGCACCGAGCCGCUCGCUGCCAACCCUUUCGCCGCCAUUUUCGCCCACCUCUUGAAUCCGGCGCCCCCUGAGCGCGCCCCCGCCGGCUCGGGCCCUGGAGCGGCAGGGAGCGGCGGCGUCGGGGACGACAACGAAAGGCCGCCGCUCUCAGGCUUUUUGCCCGCAAUUACUCCACCAGAAAGAUUCUUUCUUUCCCAGCUGAUGUUGGCCCCUCCCAGAGAACUCUUCAAAAAGACUCCAAGACAGAUUGUAUCGAUGGAUGUAGGAAAUAUGGGGCAAUCUGUAGAUAUAAGCGGUCUUCAGUUAGCAUUAGCAGAACGUCAGUCUGAGCUACCAACACAAAGUAAAGCUAGCUUUCCUAGCAUUCUCAGUGAUCCUGAUCCAGAUUCUUCAAAUUCUGGUUUUGACAGCUCUGUUGCAUCCCAGAUUAUUGAAGCCUUAGUGAGUGGACCAAAACCACCUAUUGAAAGUCAUUUUCGACCAGAAUUUAUCCGCCCACCACCACCUCUCCAUAUUUGUGAAGAUGAGUUAGCUUGGUUAAAUCCAAUAGAGCCAGAUCAUACAAUUCAGUGGGAUAAGUCAAUGUGUGUUAAAAAUAGUGCCGGAGUGGAAAUCAAACGAAUCAUGGCCAAAGCAUUCAAAAGUCCUUUGUCAUCACAGCAACAAACACAGCUUCUUGGAGAAUUGGAGAAAGAUCCUAAGCUUGUUUACCAUAUUGGUCUCACUCCUGCCAAAUUGCCUGAUCUGGUGGAAAACAAUCCUUUAGUAGCUAUAGAAAUGCUGCUUAAAUUAAUGCAAUCAAGUCAGAUAACUGAGUACUUUUCAGUAUUAGUCAACAUGGACAUGUCUCUACAUUCAAUGGAAGUUGUAAAUCGGCUCACUACAGCAGUUGAUCUUCCUCCAGAAUUUAUUCAUCUUUAUAUAUCCAAUUGUAUUUCUACUUGUGAACAAAUUAAGGAUAAGUAUAUGCAGAAUCGGCUGGUACGUCUUGUUUGUGUAUUCCUGCAAUCCUUGAUUCGAAACAAAAUAAUUAAUGUACAGGACUUAUUUAUAGAGGUACAAGCCUUUUGUAUUGAAUUCAGCCGGAUAAGAGAAGCAGCUGGACUUUUUCGAUUGCUGAAGACACUCGACACUGGUGAAAAUCCUUCAGAAACAAAGACAUCCAAAUAAGACUGAUUUGGAACUUUUUUUUUUUUUACUUGAUUAGUGUGAAAAAAAAUUCUGUAUAGUUUUUUUGUUGCUUGCAAUUAAAAUGUUUGUGCUUUAUUAAAUAAUGCCUUUAUGUUGAAGCUUUUGUUGAUGAUGGAACAAUUUGAAUUUCAAGUAAAUUAACCUGAUGUUAAACCUGGAACUAAAUGGGUGCCAACCUACCUAGCAAAAUAUUUUUUUCUUAUCUGCGCCCCAGAUAAUUUUUAUUUUUAAUCCAUAGAUUAAAAAAAUUUUUUUUUUGAAAAACUUGGGAGCUUACAUAUUGCCAAUUAAUAGAUCACCCACUAAAAAUGAUAAAUUGUGGACCCAAGUCAUUCUUGUAAAGGGCUGCUAUUGAGUUUUAGAACUUGCCAAUAUCACCCUUUGAAGAUGCUUCUUUUUCAAAGUGUUACUUAAAUGCUCUGAGUGACCACUUUGCUUAUUGGAAGUUUUGUAGAGGUAUGUUUUAUUUAAUCAAGUGCUUGAACUAGGAUUGUUUUAAGCAAGUUUAAGAUCAAUGGCAUUAAACUCCAAGGAAUUUCCAGUCAAUAUGAAAUUUGCUGAGAAUACUGGGAAUUUAACUUUAUGCAUUAGGAAAUAGUGGGUGUCAGUAAUAGAUCAUGGCAGUGAUCUUGCUAAUGUGAAAUACUGUAUUUGCUUCUGAUAAUUAAGGACUGGCAUUUUGAAAGUGAUUUCUUAAGUCUUAUUUCACUGUCUAAAAUAAUUAAACCUUUUAGUUUUUGAGGAAUCUCCUGAAUUACUAUAGUCCAUAAUAAAGCUUCACAAAAAAUAAAGGUAUCUGUAAACAUAAUGGGAGAAAUUAAUGCUAUUUGGGGGCAAAACAUUUAUUUUUAAGGCACUCCUUGGAUAACUUAGAAUAAAAGAUUGUUUUAAAGCAGUAAUAGGUUCUAAUAGUAUAAACCAUCAGAUUAAUAAUUAAGCUUUACAUGUCACAGAUUAGAAUAAGAUUAAAUCAGUUUUGUAUCACAAAAACAGAUGUUUUGGUAUCUAAUAAAUAUUCAGUUUAAAAUAUUUUGACACUUCAAAUCUUGUCAGAAAAAACAAAUGUAAUUUAGAAUACUUCUGUUUCAUCUCCCAGGUAUUUUUGUAGCCAAUUGUCUUCUGAAAAUUCAAUUCUAUUUCCAGAAGACACUUUCAAUGUGUCAUCAAAUGGUAAUCAUUUUGACUUAAUUACUAUGUUUUCCCCCAAAUAAGACCAUCUUUUUUUUUCCUUCAAGAGACUUUAGGUCUUAUUUUCAGGCGAAGUCUUCUAUUGUGUUUCUUCACGACAGUGGUAUCACCAGCCCCACCCAGCAGGAGCCCGUGUGGCCUCUGUUGACCCACAUCUGCGGGUGUUUGCUGUUGCCCACACACGGUACCCCUGCCCCGUUUCACCAUCAGAGGCAUUCAGGAAGAACCUCUGCAGCCAAGAAACUGAGCUCUGACAGCGCCUGAUGGUGAAAUGGAGGUCAGGGACACGGCGUGUCCCAACGUGGAACUUGUUUCUCUGCUGCAGAGACUUCCUGAAGGUGUGACAGCGAAAUGAAGGCCUUUUUUUUUGGGGGGGGGGGGGGGUAGAAUCUGUGUCAAUUUCUCAACUGAAAAAGCCUUCAGGAAAGGCCUGUCAGUGAAACAGAGGUUGGGGCAAUAUGUGCAAGUGGCUGCAGAAGUGUGCUGGUGAAGCAGGUGGCAGGGUGUGCAAGGCCUGGCUGCAACUGUCCUAAGUUAAGUGGGUGCGGGGCAAAUGGGGCAGCUCACCACCCCAUCCCCACACUAGCUUUUUACCCAUGGGCCUCAUCCCACCUCAUGCAACUGGGUGCAACGGAGUGGUGGGGGUCUUAACUAGGACUUAUUUUUGGGGGGGUUGGGACUCAAUGGGUAUACGUGUAAAAAUCAAGCUAGGUUUUGGGGGAACAGUCCCCUCCCCGGGUUGAUCAAUGCUGGGCCUGCAUACAAUAACGGUGCCUAAAUUUGUGAUUUACCUAUAGUAUUCUAGAACAGAUUAAGGAACAUCUUAAUGAGAAUCCCCUUCAUGUAAUAUAAAAUGUAGCAGAAAUAUAAGUUUUGAAAAAAUAAGUUUUUUAUAGAAAGGCAAAAAUGGCAUAUUUCUACCAAUAUUCUCUCUAGAUCCCUGAAAAACUAAGGGUGGUAAACAAGAGGUGGCUAAUACACUGAAAAAUCAUAAAGUAGUUAAAAUAAUUUUCUUGGAAAAAAACAAUCUUUAACAUUUGAUUCCUAAUCCUUUAUAGUACCUAGGAGUGCAAUCAAAAGAAUCUUAAAAAUGGCCCAAUGGUAAAUAUAGCAAAAAACCCGAGAAAUUUGCAAAUACCAGAAUCUGCUCCUAGGGAGUUUAUUCUAAAACUGUAAGUAGACAAAAGCAUUUAGCAAUAUAGAUAGAAUUUAUUUGAAUAGUAGUAUUAGUCCACUUAUUAACAGUGAUUCUAUUGAGAUCUCUCUAUUCUGGGCAGUGGAGGGGGGGGGGGAGUAUCAAGGCUUCAUGGUUUAUCUUGUGCCUAAAUGCAACAGAUGUUUACUUUGUAAACAUUUAGAAAAGGACUAGCUGCAGAAAGCAUAACUUUUGUCUUUUUAUGGUGCUGCCAAGGUCAGAUAAAAAGGUCGCUUCGGGAACUUUGUCAUCAUGCCUCGAGAGUAAACUGUUAAGAGGCACUGCAAUUCGGCCUUUCAUUGUCAUCACUCCUCAACAGCACCCAGGGUAUAAUUUUUUAUAGACAAAAUUUUCAGUUUAUCCAAGAUAAAUUUCAGUUCCAACUUGUAAUCAAAUAUAUUGUAAAAAAAUAUAUUCUUAAAAUUCUACCUAAAUCCUCAAUUAAGAACACAAGCUUUUAUCUAUUUUGCUGAAGCAUAUUUAGUUUAGUUUAGCAACUAAAAAACAACUUAACGUUUCAUAGUUUUUCCCAGAACCUAUUUUCCCAGAAUACAAUUUCACCAUGUUUUCUUACGUUACUUUCAAAAUUCUUAAAAGGAUAAACCCAGAUAUAAAUAUGCAAAAUAGUUGUUGCAGGACAAAAUGGGUGAUAUUUAAGGCAUUGCAAAUGCUCCACUUUAAAACAGAAUUUUAAGAUUGGCUUAAGAAUUUAUGGCUUUGGUCCAGUUAAAAGAACUGACAAGUAACAUACCAUUUUGUGCAUGGGCAAUCUCAAACUACACACACUGAAGAUGUGAGAAGUUGUUUCAACCCUGGCAUCAACAUUUCUUGGAAAACAGCUGCAGGCUUAGAUAUUAACAUUGAUAAGGUGGCAUAUAUCUAGCUUGUUUUUACCCUAGGUGAAGUUUUCA